AGUUUGUUGUUGACGUGUAGAUAGCGGUUAACGUGGUUCGCGUAACUGAUUACUGAAUGUAACCCACCUUAUACAUAAAUUAUUUAGGCUAAUUAUUGUUGUGAAAGUUUUGAACAGUUUCAAAAUAGGUGCAAUGCAUGAAAUGUUGUUUUAAUAACACGUUAACGAUCAGACUUCCUCAUAAAUGCACGAGAAUAACCAUUAUGUCUAACUAAUAAUAUUAACGUCUUAUUGUUUACCUGUGCUCGUAAAAUCAAACGUAAACGUAAAAUGUUAUCCUUCAUAUUUAUUGGUCCGCGCAAAUGUUUGUUUUUGAAAUGAGAUGAGCAUUAAAUAUCUUUCGUUCAAAAAAUUAGAUUAAUCAGCAUGAGUACAAUUGGUUAUGGUCGUUCCAGUGCUCUGGAAACGUAUGUGCGUGGCCAAUGGUAUAAGGUAUAUGUAACGUUGGAAGAUGAUUAUAUAUGCAUAAGCUUGGAUGAAACCUAUGAGAAUUGUACACCUGUUAAUGGAUCUUUAAAUAACAACACCUUAGAUUCUUCGGGAAGUCACAUUGAUUGUGUUGAUGUACCAGAUUCUGUAGCUAACCAGAAACGUCUCAUACGUGUAGUAAAGACAGAUAGCAAUGGCUUGGGAAUUUCCAUUAAAGGAGGACGUGAAAAUAAAAUGCCAAUUCUUAUAUCUAAAAUAUUUAAAGGAAUGGCUGCUGAUCAAACUGAGCAGCUUUAUGUAGGUGAUGCUAUACUAUCCGUUAAUAAACAAGAUUUAAGAGAAGCUACACAUGAUGAAGCUGUUAAAGCACUUAAACAAGCUGGAAAAAUUGUUGAACUAGAAGUUAAAUAUUUGCGGGAAGUAACUCCAUAUUUUAGAAAAGCCACUAUCAUAUCAGAAGUUGGAUGGGAAUUACAACGAGGAUUUCUAUCAUCAAAUUCACCAAUUCAUCGCUCUCCACAAAAGCCUGAUGCUCGUUAUUUACCAUUGCAACUUUGUUGCUUAACCAGAAAUUAUAAGCAUCCUGAUCCUGAAAAUAAAACUAUUGAAUUACAUUCACCCGAUGGUGUACAUUGUUGUAUAUUAAGAACUCAAGAAGCCAGUGAAGCUACUUGUUGGUUUAAUACUCUUCACUGCGCUUUAAAUGCUUUAUCAUUAAAAGCAUUGCAUGAUGCCAAUAAAGUAUUAACAAACAUAAUGCCUGUACUUGGUCAAAUUCAUCAUAUUGGAUGGUUAUUUAGGGUUAAUAAAAAUGAGAACGGUUGUUUGCGUAGCAUAAGUUCAGAAGAAGAAUUCACAGUAAAUGACAAAUGGCAAUCAGUAUUUGGAGUGGUUACUAGUAAAGAAUUACGACUGUAUGAAGUUGCCCCCUGGAGUCCAGAUGCUUGGUCUGCUCCACUCUUUGUUUGUCCACUUUUAUCUACGAGGCUGAUGAAUUCAUCACGUAACUCAGAUUUAAUCACAUUUAGCUUAAGAUGUGGUACAGAAGAAGGUAUCAUUACUCAUCGGUUUAAAGUUGAUACACAAAGAGACCUUGCCAGUUGGGCAAGAGCUGUAAUUCAAGGUUGCCAUAAUUCCGUUGCGAAUAGAAGAGAAGUAAAUUGUCGAUGUUUAUGGCAUGGAAAACCAGCACAACUAUCAAUUCACUAUGAAAAUGGAUUUACACUAAUUGAAUCAAAAACUGGAUCUGUAGGCCGUGAACCAAAGAAAUUAUGGAGUUAUCCAUUUGAUAGAUUAAAAAUGUCUUCUGAUGAUAAUAACAGAUUACUAUGGCUGGACUUUGGUGAUAGCGUGGAUAUAGAAAUAGACUUGGAGUGUAGUCCAAAACCAUUAGUGUUCAUUUUACAUAACUUUCUAUCAGCUAAAAUUCAUCGGCUCGGUUUGUAUGCAUAAUUUAUUGAAAAUAUACUUUAAUUUAAAUGGAUAAAUGUUAAAUUUAUAAAUUAUUUUCACGCUAUCUGAUUAAAACUAAGAAUUAUUCCACUGACUUUUUAAAUUAAUAUUAAUAUUUGUUAUAAUUGCAUUUAUUGACCCUAAACUUUAAGCUCAAUAACAAUUACAUAUUUUUUAAUUUUAAUGUAGAAUACAAAUGUAUUAUUUAGUUUUGUUGAAUUAAAUUAUUAUUGGUAGUGGAAUGUUAUAGUUAUUUAAGUUAAAAUGUUAAUGUGUAAGUUUUUUUUUAAAAUUAUUACAAUGUAAUUAAACCUAAAUUAAUUUCAAAGUAACAGGGUGCUGUGGCACCGUAACAUGCACACACAUUCCUACACUUGAAAUAUGGUAACUUGUCUGUGAUAAUUCGUUUUUAUUUCGUUAAAAAUGUAAAUGCUAUUGUGUAUAUCGUAUAUGUGUGUGUGUUAGUGUGUCUUAUGU